AUGGCUCUGGUGAUGAAAAUUUCGUUCGUGAUUUUGCUCGUAACGUUCAGUGGAGUUCAGUGUGACCCAUUUUUCGGUAACAACUAUGUUCUGCCACAGGGAGCACGCCUUGCCAACGCGGCCAAUACGGUAGUUCGAAACCUUGACGCGGCGCAAGCACAAGUUCGUAGGUUCUUGAUCAAUCCUACGGCGUCGAAUUUCUUGAUCUCUGGUGCGAACGCUCUUCGGGAGUACGUGGGGAAUACCUCGGUGACUUUGGCCCAGUUGUUCCGUGAGUUAGGGCAAGUGGCCACCGACCGUACCACAGCUCCAGCAGUAGUCUUCACUCGGCUCAACCUGGCCGUCCAGGGAACGGUGGAAUGGUAUCGAAACGUAUCCGUGCCUCUCGCCGAUCUCGAGGAGGCGUUCAACUACGAUGAUAACAGCAACACGGCCGGUUACUUCCGUCAGUGGAGAGAUGCAAUGGCUCAGAACGUCAACGAGUCUUCAGAGGUGCUUAGUCGCUUGGGAGAUGUUAUUCUGUCGGUCGCUGGUGAACCCCUGAAUACGCAACAGUUCCUACAAGCGGUCUCAGCCGAUGGUAGCCUACAACAGCUUCAGGAUGUGGUGGAAGGUGCGGUGCGACUUUCCACAGACUACGCGACAAGCGUCACGAGGCUAGUUGGCGUUGUUCGUACCGCGAAUGAUUUCCAAUCGAGGACAUACGCUCUGCUUCGUACAAACCAGGCGUCGAUCAACACCAACGUCGAUCGGUACAGUACCGCAUCGAACGCUUCCUUCUACCGGUUCCUUACCGCGGCCGAUUCUCUCUUUAACCACCUUAAAGACACGAACGACAGCUUCGUCUUUCGGUGGCCCCUGCUCUUCAGUCCCGCCGUCCAUCAACAGUUGAACCUGCUGAACCAAUCGAUCGACCACCUUACGUGGAACGUUCUCCAGCGGACGGUUUCGGUCGCGCAGAACCUCGUGCAAACGCAGGCCCUUUUCAAGGAAGGCGAUAACCCACUCCGAUACCUUCGCGAGGAGACUGAUCUUUUAACCCGAACUUUGCUCGACGUCCUCAAUGGGGAAAACUUUUGUGCCUCUGGGUUCGUAACGCAGUUCCAGGCAUUGCCUGCGCAGGUCACGGCCCUCGUAUCCGCUUGCUUGACCGAACAGACAAACCUUGAAAGUCAAGGUGCAUCGCAGCUUGUUUCGAUUGCCAACAACUUCCUGCGACCUUAUGUGACUUCCGUGUAUAGUCGACUCAACAUUUGCUUCCAGCAACCCUUCGACAAGAUGACCGAAUGUCUCGAUCUCAUUGUCGCAACGAUCGACUUCAGGGGAAAGUUCUUCAUGUUAGAUCUCGCCAGCCAGCUGUUUUUCGAGCAAGUCCAGGAAGAGUUGCCAUCUUGCAACGAUCGCGUGUUGGAGUAUGUGCGCAAUGCUGGCCUGCGUGAAUCGUGCGGAAUGCAUCCACCAACCACAGCUGUCCCGGUUUAAAGGAAACAGAAAGAAGGUUCUGGGUUUGCAUCAAUAACGUUUUAUUCCCGAUACCAAGAUUUAUGUGCCUAUUUCGACCAACGAUUGCGAUAGCGCGUCCGCUUCUUGCUAUAGAUGCACAUCUCCUGGAUGUUGUGGUAGUUCAAGAAGUACCCAUUCUGUGCCACACAAGUGUUGAAGGUGUUCUGUAUCUCGCCAUCCACAAGCGACUCGACCAGCUUGGCUGCACUGUAGAUGCGCCCAUUAGCCCAGUUAUUCUCGUAACCGUUCUAAAAUAAAACAUAAAACAUAUGACACUCACAG